AGUCCGUAAACUCGGCAAAAUCGAAUUUUCCGUAGUAUUAUUUUUCAAUUGAUUUGUAUGAAAGAAAUAUGCAAUAAUGCAUAACCCUAAUUUGUAAUUCUAAUGGUGACGUGUACAAAAGCCAUUUUCAGCAGUUGUUGUUUAAAUUAAGUGUAUUAUGGUGUCUAACGAGAUGCAGUCGUCAUUGGAUGAUUUAGUCCAAUAUACACAGCUAUUUAAGCCUGUAGCGACUGUUCUACAAGGGACAGUGCUGCCUUUUCUCAUAUUAUAUCCCGUGAUAUUUUAUUCAUGGAUUGUGGUGUACGGUUUCGAGGAUAACGUUGAGGCAGGUUUCGUGGUCGUCGCUGUCGUGGCCACGAUUCAAAUCCUUGUUUGUUUAUGUUGCUAUUGGAGUGUCCACAUUCAAUGUUUCCUGUCGUGUUCUAAGGUAAAAGACCCCAUACAAGCUGAAAUUGUCAAAGUUGUUCCAACUCCGAACAAUGGAUUUUCUGAAAUUGUUAAGUUGCAUCAUACUAAGUCCACAAAGAAAGGCAGUCUUAACCCUGAUGUAUGGUUCAUGUUCCAAAAGAGUAAAUAUGUUUAUGACUGGGAUAAAAAGACUUUCAGCACAGUGGAGUUCCCCAUCAAUAAAACACAUGACCACUACUUGGAAUCCAAGGGGUAUGCAGAUGAUGAAGCCAUUGAAAUGGCAGAAAAGGAAUUUGGGAAGAAUGAGAUGAUUAUGGUGGUACCAGAAUUCAUGGAACUAUUUAAAGAAAGGGCAACAGCACCAUUCUUUGUGUUCCAAGUGUUCUGUGUAGCUCUCUGGUGCCUUGACAAGUACUGGUACUACUCCAUAUUCACUCUCGUCAUGUUGGUCAUGUUUGAGUGCACUCUGGUCCAACAGCAGCUUAGGAAUAUGUCAGAAAUCAGAAAAAUGGGCAACAAGCCAUACAACAUUAACGUUUAUAGAAACAGAAGAUGGCGACAGAUGCUAAGUGACCAGUUGGUGCCUGGAGACAUUGUCUCCAUCACACGCUCAGUGAAUGAGAACCUUGUACCAUGUGAUAUAGUUCUGUUAAGAGGUUCCUGUAUAGUAGAUGAAUCUAUGUUAACUGGCGAGAGUGUCCCACAAAUGAAGGAGCCUCUAGAAAAUGAAAAGAACACACAACAGCACUUAGAGCCAGAAGGCGACGGAAAAUUACAUAUGCUGUUUGGUGGAACUAAAAUUGUACAACAUUCGUCACCAAGUAAAACAUCAGGCCUGAAAGCACCUGAUAAUGGUUGCAUUGGUUAUGUCAUUCGGACAGGAUUUAACACAUCACAGGGUAAACUUUUAAGGACCAUUUUGUUUGGAGUCAAAAGAGUCACUGCCAAUAAUUUAGAAACAUUUGGGUUUAUUUUGUUUUUGUUAAUAUUCGCGAUCGCAGCCGCUGCGUAUGUUUGGGUGAAGGGCUGUGAGGAUCCUACAAGAAAUCGUUAUAAGUUAUUUUUGGAGUGCACUUUGAUAUUAACAUCUGUUGUUCCACCAGAACUGCCUAUAGAGUUGUCUUUAGCAGUGAACACAUCUUUGCUCUCCCUAUCGAAACUAGCAGUAUUUUGUACAGAACCAUUUAGGAUACCAUUUGCUGGUAAAGUUGAAAUUUGCUGUUUUGACAAAACUGGCACGUUGACCAGCGACAACUUAGUUGUAGAAGGUGUAGCUGGCAUCGGUGAACAUAAAGACGCCACUGUCAUUCCACUCUCUGAAGCUCCUAUGGAAACAAUACAAGUAUUGGCAUCUUGUCACUCACUCGUUCAACUAGACGACGGAAUAGUUGGAGAUCCAUUAGAAAAGGCCACUCUGAAGGCUGCCGAAUGGAAUCUAACUAAAGGGGACGCUAUAGUGCCAAAGAAAGGUAAAUCGCCCGGUCUGAAGAUUGUCCACAGAAACCACUUUGCAAGUGCCCUUAAAAGGAUGUCGGUGAUCGCCGGUUACCAGGUGGCCGAGCGAGGGUUCAUAGAGACUCACUAUAUCAGCAGCGUCAAGGGCGCGCCAGAAACAAUCAAGUCUAUGUUGAAAGAGGUUCCUAGUCAUUACGACCACGUUUAUUUGACGUUGUCGCGCAGGGGCGCCAGGGUCUUAGCAUUAGGUUAUAGGAAUUUAGGAAAGUUAAGCUCUCAAGAAAUCCGUGAUUUAUCAAGGGAAGAUAUAGAGUCCGAUUUGACGUUCGUCGGCUUCGUGAUCAUUUCGUGUCCACUGAAAGCGGACUCGAAAAAGGCUAUAGCGGAGAUAGUUCACGCGUCGCAUUCUGUAGUUAUGAUAACUGGUGACAAUCCUUUAACGGCAUGUCAUGUGGCUAAAGAGUUGAAUUUUACGCAAAAGGAAGUUCUCAUUUUAACUCAAACUAAAGAAGAGUGGGGAUGGAAAUCUAUAGAUGAAGAAGUGUUUUUACCAUUAAAGCCGUUUAAGACAAGUAAGCAGUUGACGUCUAAGUUCGAUCUGUGUGUUACCGGCGAGGGUCUGAACCAUCUGAAUGAGAGUUAUUACAAGUUCAUGAUAGAGCUGAUGCCUCACAUAAAGGUGUUCGCGCGGUUUGCGCCGAAGCAGAAGGAGUUCGUGGUGGUGACGUUGAAAGCCCUCGGGUAUUCGACCCUGAUGUGCGGUGAUGGCACUAACGAUGUCGGAGCGCUGAAACAUGCUGAUGUCGGCGUAGCGAUUCUCGCUAACGCUCCCGAGCGCCUGCGCGAGCGACCAGCCCCGGCUCCGGAGCCCGAACCCUCGCGGCGGCCACGAGACCCGCGCGAGGCCCGCGCAGAGGCUCGGGCCGAGGCCGCGGCCAGGCUUCGCCGUGCUAUGAAGAAGUUGGAAGAAGAAGAUCAACCUCAAUUGGUUAGAUUAGGGGAUGCCAGCGUCGCCGCGCCGUUCACUAGUCGGCUCUCUAGUAUUUUGUGCAUUUGCCACAUCAUCAAGCAAGGGCGAUGCACACUUGUCACCACUCUCCAAAUGUUUAAGAUCCUAGCCCUCAACGCCCUUAUACUGGCCUACAGUCAAUCAGUGUUGUAUCUUGACGGAAUCAAGUUUAGCGACACACAGGCGACUCUGCAAAGCUUGCUGCUGGCUUCGUGUUUCUUGUUCAUAUCGCGGUCUAAGCCUCUAAAGCAGCUGUCGAAACAACGUCCGUUGCCGAACAUCUUCAACGUGUACACGAUAAUGACGGUGCUCACACAGUUCGCCGUGCACUUCCUCUGUCUGGUUUACUUGGUCCGUGAGGCCACGGAGCGGUCGCCUGGCAGAGACACGAAGCCGAAAUUGGACAUGGAUCUGGCAGAAGACGAGGAACGCGAGUUCGCGCCCGACCUGCUCAACAGCACCGUAUACAUCAUAUCCAUGGCGCUGCAAAUAUCCACGUUCGCGAUAAAUUAUAGGGGCGAGCCGUUCAUGGAAGGCCUGCGAGACAACAAGCCCCUACUGUACAGCAUCGUGGUGUCCGGCGGCGCCGUGUUGGCUCUAGCCGCGGGAAUACUUCCCGAUUUGUCUAGUAUGUUCGAGAUCGUAUACUUCCCGCCCGAUUACCGGCUCAUCCUAGUCCAAGUCCUAAUAGCGGACAUGGUGUUCGCGUACCUCGUGGACCGCGCGUGCCUGUGGCUGUUCGGCGAAGGCCGCUCGCUCGCGACCUAGCGUCCGGUCACAAACUAUUUUGUACGCUCGCCUAUUGUAUUAAGAUUCAUUUUAAACGUAUCGGAAUGAGAAUCGACAACGAUGGUAAUGUUUAAAUGUAUGUAUAGGUGCUGCCACUAUUCGUUUGUGCGGUACGGUACGGGCAGUUUUUUCAACCCUUUGUCAAAUUUUCCGAGGUUAACACAUUCACUGCCAGCGACCCACUAGGCUAAGUUUUUCCCGUUUUUAGCUCGCGCUGGCACUGAAUGUGUGUGAAAUAUAUAUUAUUAUAGGUCAUACCGAGUAACUUAAUUGUAGCAAAGAGAAUUUGAAAUAGAGGUGUAUUGUCAAAGAAAACUUUGUUGCCACAUAAAUAUACUAAAGAUGGCAGUAAAUUUAUUGUAGCUACAAAAUUUUCUUUGACAAUCCACCUCCAUUUCAAAUUCUCUUUGAUUGUAGGACCAAUUCUCUCAUAGAAAACGUUGACAUCUGAUCAGCCAAAAUGUAUGAAACAGCCAAUCGUUUGCCCCAUAGUAAAUGUCACAAAACAGCGGAGGGUUGAAAAACACCCUGCAUGGGCCUGCGUCUUAGAUAGUGCCCAAAAUGUUUAGAUUUUUUUAUCGUAUCAUUGCAACAGGAAAUCAAUGGUUGAGGGGUUGUGCUUAGGAGGUGCCUUUCUGUUGCCUUCUGUUACGCUGUCUAUUCGUCUUACUUCUGAUUAUAUUCGUUCUCGUCUUCAGUUAGUAUAAAUAAACAAUCACCUGGAGAGAAAAGUUCUAUAUAAUAAUAGUAACUCAAACUCAUACAAGAGUGUUUUCUUUCCGAUACGGUUAUUAUUAGUAUCUAAAUUCGUAUCAAUCUCCAUGAGAGUUGAUCUCGUAUCGAGACUUGAUAUGACGCUCAAAUAUAUUAUUGCAUUUACCUGUAAGUAUGCAGAGUAGGGCUCGCACGACUAGUCGCGACUUUGAAUCACACAACGAAGAUCAUCAAAAACUAAUAAGAAAAUAGCACUAUUCGUACUAAGAUAAAGCCUGACCAGUAAUAUAUGAUUACGCGCCAUAUUGCGGAAUUUCAUUGGAACUAAAUAUUUCAUACUAACCUGAACUGUCACCCUAUAUAUGAGAAUAACAGCGCCCUCUUGACAAUGAUCAUAUAUUUCUGGUUGGGCUAUACGAUGUUUUUAACACUUUAACGACGCCUAUCGAGUACGGCGCGUCAGUUCGAAUAUUGUGAUCGAACUUUAGUAACCUUUGUAUGAAACUACUAAAAACGAUCGAAUGCUGUGUAUGGCUCACAGUGAGCCGAAGCAAAAACACUAUGUCCCAAUGUAUAUUAUUGUUUUGUGCCUUUCGGUUGACAAAAUAUACUUAAAGUAUUAUGUAUUUUAUAUCUUUUGCAAUUAUGCAAAUAAUUGAUGUUACUUAUUGUGGUGAUACGGUCUAGCGACUAUUAGUGUCGAGUCCAAGCUAAUGAAUGUGUCAGUGGUAUUCUAUUUAUGUACUAAAUGUGUAGUAAAUUAUUAAAGCAUUGUCUAUUUUGGGCCCGAGGCAUGUAAGAAAAUAAAGUUUUCUGACAAACA